AUGCAGUCAACGUCAUCCACCUCUUCCUCCCUCGACAAGAUUGUCGGUUGGGGGGCCCAGUCGGACAAUGGGCGCAACCAUCACCACGUCCCGGAAGAGUCCGACACGACAGCCGCUGGACUCAAGGUCAGCACGCAGGAUUCCAUACGCCGGCAAGUGGCGACCAUUACUCCGGACCUGGACCAGCUGAAUGAUGGCUGCAUGGAUUCCCCGACGAUUCCCGGGAGGCCACCUGCCUUUGAGCGCUCCCGAAGCGCUCCCGAGGAUGUUGGGAGUCCUACCAAGCAUAGAAUCGCAGCGCCCAGCUCGGGGCUUCACGGGGCUGACUAUGACAUGGCCAACGCCAUAAACGACGUUCAAUCUCUUGUCUCGCCGGGACCUCGGUCGCCCCAGCACCUCGCCCCCCAUGACAUGCAGAAUCGUCGUACUCCCAGCUCUAUGCUGAGAUCGAAAGAAUCAAUGGCGCGGAUCAGGUCCGACAGCCAACCGCCGAUGGAGGGACGAUCCAACAGACUGGAAGUGUCGCCCAUGCCACGCACCCGCUUCUCGCCCAGUGCGUCAACGCCCGACCUCACCUAUGCACGAUCCACGAGCGCCCAUUCCGCCUCCACUCUACCAAUGACCCCUGGCUCCGCUUCUUUCGAGAAAGCGCAUCGUUCUCCCGUGCCGAUGGAUCCUGCGGCGAUGCUGCAGCCGGGAGAUGCACAUUAUGACCCUGGCCAUGGUCACCAACGAGCAUCAGAAUCGGGGAGGCAGGGAGACAGGGGCAGAGCCAGAAGGCGCACCGAAGUGCCGACCAGCAACGUCGGUGAAGCGAUGGGGGACCCCGGCUCGGAGCGGAAGGCCUUCCAGGAGUUGCCCAAAGGCUGGAAGCCGAGCGAUGCCGUGACCAGGAUGAGUGCCGUCGACGUUGCGAACCUGCAGAGGCAAGCAUGCGGCCAAGCAGAGAGAUUUGAAGUUCUCCAGAUGGAAGACGUCCACGGGCUUUCCAAGGAACUUCGCCGUCUCGACGAACGAACAGAAUAUCUCCGUCGUACCUACACCUCACUCCGCGCCGGACGCCGCAACCUCCACUCUCGCAUCUGCCAGUACCUCCGGUCUCCCCGCGCGGCCAAUUUCAGUCACGAGUCGAUGCUGAAGCAGGAGGAGGCGCUCGCCGAGCUGGAUACCUCCAUCGACGAAUGGGUCACCAAGUUGGAGCAGGCGGAGAACCGACGGACCCGGGUCCGGCAAAAGCUGCUGGAGCACGUCGCGGCGGCCAUCCUGCUUCCGGUUGGUCGCGGUGCGCCUUCUGCCCACGAUGGCUCAUCCCAACGGCAGAAGGCGACGCGAGCACCGUCUCAUCACGAUGUCGCGACGCCGCCGAGGAGUCCGUCGAAGGCGUACGUCACCCGCGCCGACCGCGGCGAGCAAUCGCCUAAAAGGAUAUUGUCGAGCGUCUUCAAGCAGCUACCCCCCGAGCCGGGAGCAGCGGAACAGAGAGGGAGCCCGGCGCCGAGGACAACGACGUUGAGGCGGACGGACGUGGAGAGCAUUCGGGUCUACGCCGGAGAUGACGUCUACACCCUUCUGGCCGACGUUGAAGAUGAGAUUACCCAGAUGACGUCUCAUGCGGAUGACCGACGCAUCGAGCGCGAGGUGCAGCUUAGCCACGAGCUGGAUGGGCGAGAGGACUCUCCUUUGUCAUCCACGCACUACACCACUGCCUUGCCCAACAACUAUACCACACCGCCACUCGAUACGCCAGCGGACAACACCUGGCUCGCCAACCCCCCCAUACCUGCUGCGCCGGUUCCCACGACGCAGCCGCGGGAGGUAUCGGCCCAGAAGCAAUAUCUGCUCUCGAGUGCUGUCUUUAGGCCGUGA